CUUUGCUCAAGAUGAAAGUACCACGAAUGAUAGCUGGUCCAUGUCAACUAAUAAGAGUUUUGGGCACAGCAUUUUUGGUCAGACAUCAACUUCAAGCUCAGUUUCUUCAUCCCUAUCUUACGAUGGUAAAAGUUCUGAAAUUUUAAAUAAAAAUGUUACCAUCUUUCUUUUCAUGUUGGGUUUUUAUUUGGCACGAUAUAGGGUGGUGGUGCGAGGAAGAAAGAGCAAUACCAUUGAAGAAAAGGAGAGUAGUAGUGACAGUCAGCCACGAAAAAAACCAGAGCAAAGAGAUGAUGAAGAAGGGUGCAUUGGAGGAGGGUUAUGAUCAGAGGUGCAAUAGGGGGAAUGGGAAAGGAUGGAGGUGUGACAAAAUGAGGGUGAAGGGUCAUAGCUUGUGUAAGCACCAUUUGGAAAUGCAAAGGAUGAGAAAUAACAACAACCCCGGCAGAAACCAAGAGGAUGAAUCCUUGGCCGUUAAGGAUAGAGCCAACCAAAUCAGGGAAAACAAGAGGGUCCGGGUGGUCAAGGCUCGAUCCAUGAGUAGCUUGCUUAGAGACACCGUUCCAUUGUUAUACUAUUAAUGGUUUAGUUUAAUAGGAAAGUAGUGGAGUUGAAAAUGGUAGAGUAACAGAA